AUGACUUCACCAACCAUACCCAAUAUGUUAAUUCCGUCACACGCCAGUACCAAAUACUGGGAUAGAAUUUGUGUAGUCGUACAACAAUCUUGCUUUAGAUUGCUGAAAAAUCAAGAAGUGCAAGCAACAUGCUUUCGAAAGAGCGUUACAAUUUCGGAUAAAGCGCAAAUCGCUUCUUAUAAAGUGGCAGAACUAAUUGCAUUGAAGCAAAAGCCGCAUGAUAUCGCAGAAUCGCUAAUUUUGCCCGCAUGUUUAGAAAUUGUUAAGAUUAUGUUUGGCAAUGAAGCGCAGCGAGACGUCCUAAAAAUUCCCGUUUCGGACGAUACGAUAAAAAGAAGAAUUAUAGAUAUGUUAGGUUUUAUAGAGAACGCAGUGACGGCGAAAUUAAGUACAAAAAAUUUUGCGCUGCAAAUUGACGAAUCCACUGACAUAAGUGGCAAAGCCCAAUUAAUCGGAUUUAUUCGCUUUGUUGACGACACUGAAAUAAAAAAUCAGUUUUUAUUCUGCAAGGAACUUAUUGGUCACGCAACUGGAGAAGACAUAUUUAAUUCAGUAUCAUCUUAUUUGGAAGAAUGGAAAUUAUCCUGGGAAAAUUGCGCAGGAAUCUGUACUGAUGGAGCUCCAGCCAUGCGUGGCAGUAUUAAGGGAUUUUGUAGUCGAGUUAAAGCAAUAAAUUCAAAUAUAGUCUCUACUCACUGCUUUCUGCACAGGGAAUCUUUAAUUUCGAAGAGUCUACCAUCAAACUUAAAGUCUGUUUUGGAACAAGUCGUACAUAUGACGGGAACAAUUUGUAACAACAAAAAGCGAGUUUACUGCCUGAAGUUAAGAACAGAACUAAACUUUUCGUCUCAAACUCUACUAAAGGACAUAAAACCGUAG